AGCUUUGUUGCCUGCACGUCAAGACUAACUUUUCCAGUGAACAAGUGUGCAGAUUGGAACAUAUGUCAGUCCAAGAAAUAAACAAACAUGCCAUACUCCCUCCCAUCAUUAGUAGAAGUGACAGAGAAUUUCUGGAAAGUAUGCAAAGAUACAUAACUGCAGAGACUGAACGAGUAGGCUGUAACGAGGAAGGGCCUGCAGAUGAAUAUUACAUCAUAUACCGGAACGUUUUUGACAAGAAGAGAAAAAAAGUCAGUGCCAUCCAGAGAAAUAUCAUGUUUCAGGUCAUAGACUACGUCACUGCAUACAAACCUAUUCUCACUUCAAUCAAGAAAGAAUAUGAUGCCUUUAUUGAAUCACUAAAGAAAGGCCAAAGAACUAUAUUUUGUCUUCAAGGGAAACUUAAAAUGUGGGCAGCAGAACCCACAACACUGGUUUAUUACAGGAAAAGAAUAAUCCAACUUAAAUCAAAAAUGAGGCUUAUUGAAAAUAAUUCCUCAAAGAUUCUGUUGCAGAUAAACAAAAUGAAACAACUUAGAGCAGAGUAUGACACAAAAGAAGUAAAAUACUGUACUUCCUCCAAAAAUCCUUCAAAACCUAUUCCAGGCAUGACCCUCCAAGAAUCUGUCAAUUUAGAUGCUCUCACGAAAUACCUGGAACAUCUUGAAGAUAAAUACGCAGAGAUGAUUCAAAUUAAAUUGAAAAAAUAUGUACCAGUCCAGAGGAAGGCUGAUUUAGACGAAGAAAUGCUUGAGAUGUUAAAACGGCGAGAUGCAGCUGAAAAUCUGAACAAAGAAUUGCAGUUUCGACACCAGAGGCUACAGAUUAUUUCAUAUGCACUUUCUUCAUGGGUAAAAUCUGACAUGAGCAGCUCAUUUCAAGAUUAUGUGGAGCAGAUUCAGAAAAUCAAAAACAUGCAUGGUGAGCAGAAUAUCACUGAGGAGCUAGUAGAAGAUGACCCAGGAAAGACAAAAGAAGCUGAAAUUGUGCUUGACUACAUUGAAAGGAUAAAUGAAUUAAUCUCACAUGGUGAUUAUGAAAAAGCAGCUUACUUUGCAGCCAACAGUCCUAAAGGAAUUCUUCGAAACACUGGAACAAUGAAUAAAUUUAAGGAUGUUGGAAAAAUCAGAGGAAAGCCCUUUCCACUGCUUUUAUUUUUCGAAGCUGUCUUUAGCACAAGUCAUGCUUUUAAACAUCCUAUUGAUGCAGAAUUAACCCUGGAAGGAAUCAAAUGUGGGCUAUCUGAGAAGCGUUUAGAUCUAGUUAUUCACUGGGUCACCCAGCAAAAGCUGACACUUUCCGAGGAAGUUGGAGAUGUGAUUUGUGACUAUGGGGAGCGGGAUACUUAUAAUAAUGCCAAGUGCCAGGCUUUAGCUCAGAACAUCUAUAGCGAAUGUGGCUCGAACAAGAAAGUUCUUCUCUGUCUGUGCAAACAGGGUCAGAUUCAUGGGGCCAUGGAAUAUAUCCAGCAAUUCAAGGACAUUACUUCUGAUGACCUGAUGCAGCUAAUAAAGUUAUGCCCACAAAGUGAAUUAAUUCAGUGUCUCACUAAAGAAUGGAAUGGAAAACCACCAUCCUUAUCUUUUGGACUUGCUAUUCUUUAUCUGUUCUCUAUAGAUAUGAAGAAUGUUGGCAUGAAGCUACUGCAAGAAGUAAAUAAAGAAGGAAAAAGUGCAGUUGAAUAUAUUAUGGCCAAUGACCCAUUUUGCUCUCUAGAAGGCUGGCAAAAAAUGGCAAAUAUAUGUUUACAGAAUGGCUUUGACAAAUUAUCUCAUGAUAUCAUAUCUAUUCUUCGAUCUCAGGCUGGAGUUACAGAAAUUUCUGAAGAGGAUGAUACUGUCAACUUAAUGGAUCAUGUCUUUUGGUAGUUCUCUAUCUUAACCAGCUGAGGGAGCUUAUAUGUUAGUGACUGGGGAAACUAAUUUUAGUACAAUUAGGGUGAAUCAGUCUAGGGUAUUGGCACUCUCAAAAAUAAACACACACUUAUUAUAAGG